CCCUGUAGCCAGAGAAGCAGCUGUUCAUUGCUGACAUUCUCCCUGCCAAGCAUUCCAACUCUCUGAGGUAAUGGGCUACAAGCAUACGGGCCUUUGCUUUAAUUCUUUCAGCGUAUCCUUCCGCAUGGAUAGAGCAAGGGGAACGCCUCCAGGAAAAGAAAUUAAAUGCACACACACAGAGGCACACAGAGACUGGCGAUUUGAAAAUAUUCCCGAGAACACAAUCUGCAGGCAUGCAGCGCAGCGUCACAUGAAAGAGGCUGCCUGAAGAGCUGGCUGGCACAGGUUUAUUUUGUUGCAGUAUUUUCUUCCACCCCCAGCUCUUUCCUCAGUGGAAUGAUAUCCAGAGCAAGUUUUUUGAGACAGGAAGUGAGGAAUGUUUUCACUAUGAGUGAUCUGAGAGGAAGGUGGGUUAGCCGAGAUAGCAGCUGUUUCGGACAAGAGGAAUACAGUAAGUCAGUUCCCGAGGAAUACAGAUGAGACGGCUCCGGGAAAAAGAGUCUUGGAGCGCUGUGAGGUUUCUUCGGCUACACGUAUGUGAAAGGAGACAGGGUGUCUUUGGAUCGCUGCACAAGGAUUCCAGUGAAUGCCCCUUCUACUUGUCUCUUGGUGGAAAGCUUGCUUGUAUUUAAUGGAUUCUGCUGCUGGUUGAUCUCUGGAGACGUUACAGCGCCUUACCUUUUGAGAGGAGAUAGCUGCUUGUCCCUUCUCAAGGUCUCAGUGGUCAUAGCUUUUUAUCAGUAACCAUCUGUGGAGGAAAAAGAAGAUGCCGCUACCUUUUGGGCUGAAAUUGAAACGAACUCGACGUUACACAGUAUCCAGCAAGAGUUGCUUGGUGGCUCGUAUCCAGCUGCUAAACAAUGAAUUUGUUGAGUUCACCCUGUCAGUGGAAAGCACGGGCCAGGAAAGUCUGGAAGCAGUGGCUCAGAGGCUUGAAUUGCGGGAGAUUACGUAUUUCAGUCUGUGGUACUAUAAUAAGCAGAAUCAGCGCAGAUGGGUAGAUUUGGACAAACCUCUGAAAAAGCAGCUGGACAAAUAUGCCUUGGAGCCAACUGUGUACUUUGGAGUAGUGUUCUAUGUGCCUACUGUUUCUCAGCUUCAGCAGGAGAUUACCAGGUAUCAGUAUUAUUUGCAAUUAAAGAAAGAUAUCUUGGAGGGCAACAUUCCUUGCACACUGGAACAAGCAAUACAUCUGGCUGGUUUAGCUGUUCAGGCUGAUUUUGGAGACUAUGAUCAGUAUGAGUCUCAGGAGUUUCUACAAAGAUUUGCUUUGUUUCCAGUGGGUUGGCUACAAGAAGAAAAAAUAUUAGAAGAAGCGACGCAGAAAGUUGCCUUGCUACAUCAGAAGUACAGAGGCCUUACUCCUCCUGAUGCAGAAAUGUUAUAUAUGCAAGAAGUAGAGAGAAUGGAGGGCUACGGUGAAGAGACCUAUCCUGCAAAGGACAGCCAAGGAAGUGACAUAUUCAUUGGAGCAUGUCUUGAUGGUAUCUUUGUGAAACACAAAAAUGGUCGUCCUCCUGUUGUAUUUAGGUGGCAUGAUAUUGCCAACAUGUCCCACAACAAAUCCUUUUUUGCAUUGGAGCUGGCAAACAAAGAAGAGACAAUCCAAUUCCAAACUGAAGAUAUGGAAACAGCAAAAUACGUGUGGAGGAUGUGUGUGGCUAGACACAAAUUUUACAGACUAAAUAAAUGCAGCCUACAAACCCAGCCUGUUACAGUGAAUCCUGUUAGAAGGCGGUCUUCGUCCAGGAUGUCUAUGCCCAAGCCUCAGCCUUAUAUGAUGCCUCCACCACCUCAGUUGCAUUACAAUGGUCAUUAUACUGAACCAUAUGCUUCCUCCCAAGAUAACCUCUUUGUGAGCAAUCAGAAUGGAUACUACUGUCACUCUCAGACUAGCUUGGAUAGAGCCCCUCAUGACUACAGCGGUCGGAUCCGCAAUGGUAGUGUCUAUAGUGCACAUAGCACAAACUCCUUGAACAAUCCACAACAUUAUUUGCAGCCGUCCCCCAUGUCCUCUAACCCAAGCAUUACUGGAAGCGAUGUCCUCAGAACUGAUUAUGUCCCAACACAUAGGCAUAGUGCACUGAUACCACCUUCUUAUCGUCCCACGCCGGACUAUGAAACUGUGAUGAGACAGCUCAACAGGGGAAUGGUGCACACAGAUAGGCAGAGUCAUUCGAUGAGGAAUCUUAACAUCAGCAAUUCAUAUGCUUAUAGCAGGCCUGAUGCCUUAGUUUACAGUCAACCUGAAAUACGAGAACAUGCUCACUUCGCUUCCCCGCAAUCUAACCAUUAUCCAUUUAACCUGAACUACAGUUUUCAUAGCCAGUCGCCCUAUCCCUAUCCUGCUGAAAAGCGCCCUGUUGUUGGGGCAGUCAGCGUGCCUGAGUUGACAAAUGUACAGCUUCAGGCUCAGGACUAUCCAGCACCAAAUAUAAUGAAGACCCAAGUCUAUCGACCGCCUCCCCCAUACCCAUACCCAAGACCUGCAAAUAGUACUCCAGACCUUUCACGACAUAUCUACAUCAGCAGCAGCAAUCCAGAUCUUAUCACAAGGCGAGUGCACCAUUCUGUCCAGACAUUUCAGGAAGACAGCCUGCCUGUGGCACACUCUCUUCAGGAAGUCAGUGAACCUUUAACAUCAGCACGCCAUGCUCAGCUGCAGAAAAGGAACAGUAUUGAAAUAGCAGGCUUGGCUCCCAGCUUUGAAGGAAUAAGAAUUAAAGAGAGGACCAUGUCAGCUUCUGCAGCAGAUGUGGCUCUUCCAAGAGUUAUCUCGGAAGGGUCACAGCCCAACAUUCUGAUGGAGAGAGCAAAACAAAAAGAAAGUGAGCAAGAAGAAAGUGUGAACUGCGAUCAUAAGAAAACCCUUUCAGAUGCCACUAUGCUGAUUCACAGUAGUGAGGAAGAAGAAGAAUUUGAAGAAGAAAGCAAGGCUGGUACAAGUCUUUCUCCUCUCCCUGAAGAUCAAACCCAACUUUCACCUGUUAUGGGUGGUUAUUCUCAUGAUUCGGUACUGAACUACCCUUAUAGCUCUGUUGCUUCAUCUGGUGGCCCUUUGCAUAUUCUUGAGCCUAAAUUACAUAUUACUGAGACAGAAAAGAGAAUUAAAGAUAUGAGCCCUGUCCAUUUACUAGUAGAAAGCCAGGUGCAGAGAAGAGGGGAAGGACUGCUUACUCCAUCUAUGUCGGAAUCUGAUCUUACAACAUCAGGGAGAUACAGAGUAAGGAAAGAUUCAGUAAAGAAGAGACCUGUGUCCGAUCUUUUGUCUGGAAAGAAGAACAUUGUGGAAGGCCUUCCCCCACUAGGUGGUAUGAAAAAGAAUAAAAAUGAUGCCAAAAAAAUAGGGCCUCUGAAGCUAGCUGCCCUAAAUGGACUAGCUUUGACUAGAGUGCCUCUGCCAGAUGAGGGGAAGGAAGAAUCAACAAGAGCAACAAAUGAUGAACGGUGUAAAGUUCUGGAACAACGGUUAGAGCAGGGGAUGGUGUUUACUGAAUAUGAGCGCAUUCAGAAAAAAAGACUUAUAGAUGGUGAGUGCUCAAUAGCUCGGCUUCCUGAAAAUGCUGAAAGAAACCGGUUCCAGGACGUUCUUCCUUAUGAUGAUACCAGAGUAGAGCUAGUCCCAACCAAAGAAAAUAACACGGGUUACAUCAAUGCAUCUCAUAUCAAGAUCUCUGUUGGUGGCAUAGAGUGGGAUUACAUUGCUACGCAGGGCCCUUUGCAGAAUACAUGUCAGGAUUUCUGGCAGAUGAUCUGGGAACAAGGGAUUGCCAUCAUAGCUAUGGUGACAGCAGAGGAAGAAAGUGGGCGAGAAAAAAGCUUCAGAUACUGGCCACGUCUUGGUUCAAGACAUAACACUGUAACAUAUGGAAGAUUUAAGAUUACCACACGAUUCCGUACUGACUCAGGCUGCUAUGCAACUACGGGUUUGAAGAUUAAACAUCUUCUCACAGGACAGGAGAGGACAGUUUGGCAUCUGCAGUAUACUGACUGGCCAGAGCAUGGCUGUCCGGAGGAUUUAAAGGGAUUUCUCUCGUACUUGGAAGAGAUACAGUCAGUGCGGCGCCAUACGAACAGCACUGUGGAUCCUAAAAACUCUAAUCCUCCUGUACUGGUACACUGCAGUGCAGGUGUAGGACGCACAGGAGUGGUCAUACUGUCAGAGAUCAUGAUCGCUUGCUUGGAACACAAUGAGAUGCUGGACAUCCCACGAGUGCUGGACAUAUUGAGGCAGCAGAGAAUGAUGAUGGUGCAGACUCUUUCACAGUACACUUUCGUCUAUGGAGUUCUCAUUCAGUUUCUCAAAAGUUCUAGACUUAUAUAACCCCUGCCACUUCCUAAGGGACUCUGCAAGAGUUUACAGAAAGAAAAUUACAGUUGUCCAGGCAGACCUGCUCUCACUGGUGUUUUCUUUGUAUGAUGAAUCACACUGUUACCUUUCAGGGCUGGUAUGUGGCUGUUAAAUGCAAGUCAGUGUAACAGUCCCUGCAAAGCAGGAUCUUCGCUGGACUAAACUCUUCCCGUGUUCAGCUGCAGUCGUAUUAGGGAAUGAUUUUACUUGUGCUGGUCUGUAGUACUUGCAUAUGUUCUUUAGAGUGGUGUUACUCUGGGCAAAAUAAGUAUCUUAUGGAAUGGAAGUACAAGGCACAACUUAACAAUUAUGUUUUAAAACAUAAUGUUAGUAAACUGUGCAAAAAAGCUGUAGAUGCACACAGGGUGAGAAACCUGCUCCUUGGGAAUGUCAAGGUCUUAUGCAGUUUCAUUCUGCUUUCAAUUUUAUAUUUAGAACAAUACAACUAUAUUUUUUAAAAUGAACUUUUGGUUUCCUCUGGUUUACUCAGCAAAAUCAGCAGCUCUUAGAUAUUUUAAGCUGAUGCUUUAAAUACAGUUAUUUUUAUAUUCAGUAUUUUUUAGUUAAAAAAAAAUCCCAAACACCACAACUCAAAACUUUUUAAACAGCAUAAUAUUUUCAGAGGAAAAGACUGAUGAUGUUUGAACUCACUUUUCAAAAAUCAUGCAGAAAGUACUAGGGGAAGCUAUUGGUAGGUAAUUGUAGUGCUGUGUAAUAGAAAUGACAAGUGAAAGAUCCCGUUAACUGUUGCUAACUGCCAUUUGAGCGGAGGCAUGUUUACCUGUAACAAGCAGGGGAAAAAUAUUACCUACAAGGUUAUUGGAAACAAAUGAAUGGGAGACAGUACGCAUUCAGUAUUAUUCAUAUAUUUAGAGGACAGUUUGAUUUUACUGGCUGAAAUCAAAGUGGAUGCAAAUGUUUUAAGCACUUUUUUUGCUCUGUUAUUUAUGUAGUUAAACAUAGAAACUAUAAUCAUGCAUUGUGUCAUAUGGUAAUAUACCAUUACUAACCUGUUAUUUUUGGAAGAGCCUUUUAAGUUGGUGAAGUGGAAGAACCAAAGUUGGAGUAAGAAGGUGCAUAGUGGUGAAGCAGAAAUGAUCGUAUGAAACGUAACGGAGGUGGUGUGGCAGCUAUGAUUGCUGGUUUACACAGUGCAAAGAUGAACUUUAAAAAUGUUUAUGUUCCCAGUCAAGAAAACCUUUAAAGCACUGGAGUUUUCUGUAGAACCCUCCAGAAUAUUUUGUCAUUACUAGGAACAGAUUUUGCUAAUGCUGUGCAGUGUUGCAGUAAAGAAUGUCCACAGAAGCUGUUUGAGAACACUUGCAGAAUGUAAGAGCUCUUAGAGGUGAUACUGGAGAUGUGGGUAUUUUGGUAGCUGUGUAGGUGGUUGAGUCAAUGGCUGUGGCAUGGACCUGAGGAUGAAUUGUACUUUUGGUAGUUUCCAUUUUGUCCCAUGGGUCUGGUCUGAUGACAGUAUCCCUAAAUAAUUCUCUGUGGUUUUCAGAUGGGGACGGUAUGGCUUUACCUGCCUUUUCAAGUGUUUUGAAAUGCUGAGUUGAAAAUCCUUAUUCAAAAGAGAGCUAUUAGUUUGUAGAUACCUGGUUUAAUUUCAAAAAAACCCUAAGGUAGACCAGUCUGCAGGCAUUUUAAGUGUCCAUUUUCCUUGAUACCUGCUUAGUGAAAUGAAAUCAGACUGAAAGUAAUUUUUAUCACUGGUGAAAUUAGUUAUUUUUCUGAGCUGUAACAAGGGUUUGGAAACUAUUAUGAAUAAUUAAACCCCCUUCAAAACAAUAAUCGUCUUCCAAAACAUUAACUAAGAAUAAUAAAUAUGUUGCCUUGCUUUCCUCUGUAAUAAGCUACUUCUAAAAAGAAAACCUAUGGUCCAAAUGACUUUGUGCUAAUAUGUCAUUCUAUAAAAAAUGUAGUACUUUAAAGUACACUGUAUUAAUCUAGUGCAUUUUGUAUGCUUUCAGGUAGUCUGAAUUUUUCUUCUUUCAGUAAAAGUAAGACUGAAUAUUUCAGAUGGGGGAAGAAGAUGUUCUUUUUGUAACUAUGAAAUGCCUAGGAAGUAUGAACUGCCUAAAGUACAAAAUGAAGUCCAGAGGAAACCAGUUACUGAAGACUGAUUCUUUAUAUAUAAAUCUUGCAAUCUUCUGUGUUAACAAAAGUAUUGAAAGAAACAACUGUACUUAGCUAUUUGUAUCGCGCUGUGUUUCAAAAACAUUGCUACUUUUUGCCACAGUUCACAUCUAUAUUCAGAAAUAUUUUUGAAUGGGAAGGUAUGCUCUAAAAUGUAGCUUGUACCUUUUCCAUUUCUGAACUUUGGACUGUGAUCUUCAUAACCUGGUACAUGCAGCUUUUAACAAAGCUAUAUACAACCCCAACUUUGAGCAACAAUUUUUAGCUAUUCAGCAGUAACUGGGACAGAACACCAGGUAUGAGGCACUAAAAGGAGCAGUUAAAACAAGCAAUUUAAUCCAAAACUUCCAGGAUUAUCUGGGGUGGGUGAGGAAAUGUGUGUUUUACGGCUUUCUUUUCUGUUUUGCUGAAAGAAGUUGUGUUUACUUCUAGAGGCAGUUGCUCUCUAAUCUGGUAGUCACCGUCUUGAUCUAUUUUUUUUUUUUUUUUUAAGCGUAACACUGCUACCUCCUCCACUUCCGCUUUCAUUUCUGCCUAUCAGCAGUCUGUUUUUGCAUUCAUAGACUUGACUUUAUGUGGGUUUUCCUACUGAAGGUAGCAGAAUUGGGUUUUUGUAUGUAAGCGUAUGGCUCCAAGUAAGCAUGUAAAAUGAGCAGUUUCUUUUCUAAAGAUACCAAAUGAAAACAAACUUUGCAACCUCCUGUAACAAAAACAAAUUUUAAAACAUACUGUUUAGAUUUCCAGUUAACUUCUUUUAAAAGAAAAUUCAAUUCUUAGCACUUUGUUCUGAGCCUUGAAAAGGGAUGCUUUUUUACAUCUAGAUGUGCCGAGUGCUUCAUGAAGUGUUGGACAUUAUAAGAACAUCCACCGUCCAAAUCCAGUCACAGUGUGUAUCAGAGGUGGAUUUAUUGGUCAAAAGCUUAAAAUUCCACUAUAAGCCUGUCCAUUUUGCCAAAUGUGCUUCUGUUUUUAUGGGGAUAAAACCGGAUUAUUACGCAAGAUUUGAGCUGAAUUUUUUUAGUAAGAAAAGUUGUAUGAAGACAUUCUUGCAGUAAAUGGCAAAGGAUGCUGAUCUCUAGGGAUGUCACAGCUCUCAGGGAUAAAUAAAGGUGCUAUAUACUGUCAAGAGACAGAUUUGGCCGUCUUUUGUGGGCUAGGUGGAAAACGCUUUUUAGGAUAAAAUUCAAUGAAGAGUCAGAGGAAGAACCCAUAAAUUGUAGUAAGGGUUUUUCCACAUUUGAUUUCUUUCUUGGUUGCUCAGAUGAGAGAUGUUUUUGGCCAGUGAAUCUUUGUAGUCUUAGGCGAGCAGCUCUUCUCUAAGAACUUGUCAGAGACCUGUUUGUUGCAAAGAUGUCACUGACUUAGCAAGCUUAGCUGUAGGCUGCAAACGACUCCUUGCCCUGUUCUGCAGGGGGGAGAAGCUCCAUGGUACACAGAGGAGCAUUGCACAGCUUUUCUGCAGCCUGCACAGCAGAGCUUUCCAUUUUCUGCUGUCCCCUGUGAAGAGCAGGGAAAGUUUUAUGCCUUAGUAUUGCUCUCAUUGUGAUAUCUUUUGCACAAGUGAAUGGUAAAAACUACAAGUGCAGGGUGCUGUGGUUUAUAAGUACAAAUACAAUUAAUUCAAAGCAGGUGAGUAGGCAGAGUUUCUGUAGUUUCUGUAGAUAAAAAGCUGCUGUAAGUUAUCAACAUUUAUUUAAAAAGUAAAGCAAUAACAAAUAAAAGUAAAAUAAAUUUUAUUAAAAUGGAAAAAAAAUGUUGACAUUUUGAGAAACAUAUUUUUGGCUCCUUUUAUCAUGCUGUGUAUCUUCUUUUGAAGUGGCUGACAUUUGAGCAAUUUUCUCCAAAAAUAGCUUCUUAAAUUUCAUAAGUAAGACUACCUGAGGCUGCUGCUAUAUUGUUCUUGUUGGAGCAGCUGUUAAAGUUGAGUGGCUAGUAGAUUUCAAUGGCCUCUGGACCAAACUUGGGAACUGCAGGGUUGUUUAUCAUACAAGAUAGCUGUGUAAUAAGACCUUAUUAUCAGUAGCAUUACUAAAACCCCAGACUUAAAAAUAGUGAACUCAUUACUAUAUUUCAAUAGUUAGUUCAAAUUAUUAAUUUAAAAGAAACAACACUUCAAUUGCUAAGAACUCUGUGCUUUAGGGUUUGGGUUGUGGUGGGUUUUUUUAAUACUGCAAAGCCAUGCAAAGGCGGAGUCCGCUCCUGCAGUUCUUCCUGAUAUUGUAGGAAUUAAAAUUGGCUUAUUGCCAAUGAAAGCUGGAGCCCUUAAAGCACGAAUACUCACAUGACUGCUUUAAAUUUAAAUACAGAUUACAAGAAUUAACCAAAAGAAUGCAGCAGGAAUGUGCAUACACGAAGCUACAACAUUCAAAGGAAAAGUAGCUGAGAUAGUUUGGAAGAAAUUCUCUUGUGAAAGUACAAAAUAUUGGAAGUAGAGAGUGAGGAUUUGAGGAAUGGCUGAAGGCAUGUUGAAGAGGAUUUGGAAGAUUUUGUGUCCACAGUAGAGCUGCUAGAAGGGUUUGAUUCAUGUGGUAUGUUUUUCAUGGCAUGGUAGGCUAAGUGAAUAUGUAGUCAUAGGUGUUAUUUUUACUGGCUUCUUAAAAUGUGAUUUUUGAAACUCCAAAUGUUUUUUUCAGAGGCUCUGCUAUUUUUACAUAUUUUCCUUUCCAGAUAUAUUUAAUGCAAUCUGUCAGCUCAGUUUCUGUUUACUUAUUAAAGGUCAGGUUUUUCAAACCAUGGUCUCUGGUUUUACACAUGCAAAAUGCAGGGGGAAUAGGCAUACAUGCAGUUUUGCAGUGAUAAUUUCUGAUGAAUGCAGGUUAGAUGAUUUGAAAGUCUAGAUACUUUAUGAAUGCAGCCAGGUUUACAGUAGGUGUGAAUUGCACCAGGUUUAAAGCUGGGCUGAAAAUCAGGCCUUUGAAAUGCGGAGUUUAACAUGUGCUUAGAAAUUAUGUUGCAGUGCAGCAUUUGCAGUACAGUGAUAUUAAAAUAAUAUAAUACUGUGCUAAGGUAAGGGAAAAACCCCUUUUAACAGCUGUUACAAACAUGUCUGUAAAAAAGAAGAAAAAAGUCUUAGUAUGAUCCUCUUGGGGACCAGCUAACUUGGUGCAUCCUGUUGGCAUCACAUAUGUUACUUUAAGGUCUACAGGGGCUGAAAAAAAGGAUUUGUUAACUUCGGUGAGCAUUUCAAAAAACUGUUGGUGAAUGGCCUUUGGUUCUGUUGCUGUAUUCCACAUGAUGCUGCAUUCAGUGGUGAAGAGUAACCUCUGGUGUAUUUGUUCUUUAGAAGUCUAUUCUUCAGCUCUAAUUACGGAAUGAAGUUAGAAAUCAAAUGCAAGGAAUCUAAUGAAUAGAAUUUACAACAGAUACAGCCUGUGAUAAAUUAGAGAGCAAGUCUGUAGAUACCGGAAUGUUCAGAUAUGCGGCAAUCAAAACUACCAAAUUUAUUAAUUUUAUGAGCACAGUUUCAGAAGGUGCCUAAUGUUUAUAAAGGGAAUUUAAAUGCUGUUUUUCCAUUUGGAAAUAUUUAGGUAAAAUUAGGAGACUUUUAUAAUACUUUAAAGAUUUUGCAAAUGCUAUGAAUUUUUAGAAUGGUAGGAAACUUGAUAGGGGAAACCCAUGUAAAAUCCUCCAGUCUGUCACCUUGCUAAUCCUGGAUAAUUCUGACAGACAAGGUGUAUAUGCUUUUUACAAAGAUACAUUCUUAAAUUGCUUUGAAAUACCCAACUUACCUGUCCGAUUUAUGGCUGAUCGGGGGGGUGGGGGUGGGUGGGCGGGGCUUGGAUUGAAAUUGUAGAGGCUUGACCUGGCAAAUCGGUGGGUAUGUACACUCCUGCAUAUUGCUGAAAUCUCUUCAUUCAGUUAAAGCAAAUAGGUGUUCAAAGGCCUUUCAGCAGUUUUGUAGGAUUGAGUCCUUAAUGUCAGAGAAGUGCAGGAUCUGGCUCCAUUUUCUUCCAUUUUCAUUUGAGCCAGUAUGCAAGGAUUUAAAUGAGACUUUGUUUAAACAGUAGCAAACAUGAAGUAUUAUUUUCUAGUACUAAGCUAGUGGUUAAUGUGUCUGUUUUUGCUGUCUUACCACCAAUACUGUAAAAAUGUAUAAUCAGAACAGCUUUAAUUCUUGUAAAACUGAAAUUGGUUUGUAAAACAGUGUACAAAUUGUGUUUCAUAGACAGAAAAGCUUGUAUUACUGAAUGUAAUAUAUGUGAGAUGAAUAUAUUAUAGUCUAUUUUUGCCAUGGAAAUAAACAUUUGAAGCAAC